UCUACAUUCCAGGACAGGCAUGCUCCUGCUGUUUGUACUAGGUUGCAUCUUCUUCCCACUGUGUUUUGCAACCAUCCGCUGGGGCCUACAGAACCACACUAGCCUGCAGAUGGAGACACGAGAGGCUGUUUUGGUGGCAUCCAAGCUGGUGUCCUCUGUCCAAGCGAUCAUGGCCUCCACAGCUGGGUACAUCGUGUCCACCUCCUGCAAACACAUCAUUGAUGACCAGCACUGGCUCUCCUCUGCCUACACGCAGUUUGCUGUGCCCUAUUUCAUCUACGACAUCUACGCCAUGUUCUUGUGCCACUGGCACAAGCACCAGGUCAAAGGGCACGGAGGGGAUGACGGGGCGGCCCGAGCUCCCGGCAGCACCUGGGCGGUGGUGCGGGGCUACCUGCACAAGGAGUUCCUCAUGGUGCUCCAUCACGCCGCCAUGGUGCUCGUCUGCUUCCCGCUGUCUGUGGUGUGGAGACAGGGCAAAGGAGAUUUCUUCCUGGGCUGCAUGUUGAUGGCAGAGGUCAGCACCCCCUUUGUCUGUCUUGGCAAGAUCCUUAUCCAGUACAAGCAGCAGCACACACUGCUGCACAAAGUCAACGGGGCCCUCAUGCUGCUCAGCUUCCUGUGCUGCCGGGUGCUGCUCUUCCCUUACCUGUACUGGGCCUACGGGCGCCACGCCGGCCUGCCCCUGCUGGCCGUGCCGCUCGCCCUGCCGGCUCACGUCAACCUGGGCGCUGCUUUGCUCCUCGCUCCCCAGCUCUACUGGUUCUUCCUCAUCUGCCGCGGGGCCUGCCGCCUCUUCCGACCCCGAGGCUCCCCACCACCCUCGCCCUGUCAGACCCAGGACUGAGGGGGAGGCCGGGCGCCCUCCACGCCACGCCCCCACGAG